ACUAUCUCUUCUCGCCUCUCUUUGUCUAUGGUCAAAUGUUUGAAUGUCAUAUUACAAAGAAUUGAAGAGUAGUAUUUUUUUUGAGUAAUUUUGAGCUAAAUAAAAUUAGAAUGGCUGAGAACCGAGAAGAAAUUCUUGCAAAUUUUCAGGGAAUCACAAAUAUCGAAGAUGUUGCUGAAGCCAUAUACCACUUAGAAGAAACGAAUUGGGAUUUACUUUCUGCAAUCAAUAGAGUAAUGCCACAGGAUGGCAGCAGCUCCGUGCCUCAAUCCAAUGACACCCAUGAUGUGGAGAUGAUAGAUGAUGAUAUAUCUGUGAUAACACCAAAAACACACCCACCUGAUCGAGAAGACAGUAAUCAAGCGUCGACCUCGUCGCCUAGAAGUAAUUCCAUUGACCUAGUAGAGCUACAAGUUCAUUGUAAUAAUAAAAUACACGAGAUUAAAAUGUCCGGCUCAGCAACUGUCAGUGAUCUAAAAAAGAGGUUAGAAAUGGUAUGCGGUGUGCCAGUCUGCAGACAACAGAUAUCAGGUCUGGGUGGUUCUCGUGCCACAGCCACUGCUACUCUUGCCAGCCUGGGGCUGCCCCGCAAUGCGGUGCUACGGCUCAAGGCUGCGGACAGACUCAUGGCGGAUGAUGAGGUAGCAGAAAGGUUAACUACCACAUACAUGUUGAGAGUUAAACACGACGAGAGAGAGUACUCACUGAAGUACCCCGGCACCAAAACAGUACAGGAAGUCAAGAAUGACCUGUAUUCACUCACAGACAUUCCUGUUCGACAUCAGGUAUGGACAGGCUGGCCUACAGUAUCGGGGCUGGAUGACACAGUACUAGCCAUGGUAGGAUUAGACCUGCCGCAACACGAACUGACCGUCAAACGCGCGCCUAGCAAACAGAAGGAGUAUAAAAGGAUAAUAGUAGAAAGUUCGGACAGUGAAAACAGUUCAGUGGAAGAAGUGGAAGACGGAGACAGCUUUCCUACAGAAGACGACAUGUUUGUGGAUGUGCCAUCGGAACGGUUACAGCCACUCAUGUCAGAACACGUGGACGACGAGGCGCUAGGCUGCAUAGAGUUUGCUCAGAGGUUCCGCGCGAGGUACGGCCCCAACACGCCUAAUUUCUUCGAGGGAACCCUACAAGAUGCCAUUAAGGAAUCCUGUUUAAAACCUGCUAGAGACAGAAAAUUGCUAGGUGUAUAUCUACAUCACGAGCAAUCAGUGUUGUCAAACGUGUUCUGUGCUCAACUGUUGGGAUGCGAGACCGUACUACAAACACUGUCAGCUAACUUCGUACUGUACGGGUGGGAUCUGACGGACCCGCACAAUAAUAACUUAUUGUUAACGUCAAUAGCGAGCGCACUGGGACCGGUGGCCAGUAUGACAAUCCGCAGCAUCCCCGUGGAGAGAUUACCCGCGUUGAUCAUCAUCAUGCGCGUGCGCUCCAACACUGAGAUAUACUCUGUGAUUAACGGUAACGUAGGAGUAUCAGAGCUUGUGGGCGGGCUAGUGGAGGCGUUAGAGCGGUUCGCGGCGCAGAAAGAGGAGGACGCAAAGAUGGAGCGCGAGCGAGACGCAAGACAACGCGUCAAGCGCGAGCAGGACGAGGCGUACCAACGCAGCCUUGAGGCUGACAGAGCAAAAGAAGAAGUGAAAAAGCAGCAGGAACUAGAAAGAAAUCAAGAACUGGAGAGAGCAGAAUCUGAAAGACUAAUGGAAGCGGCCAAGAAAGAGGCGAUGCGCGCGGGCGCGGAGGCGCGCGUGCCGGCCGAGCCGGCGGAGGGCGCAGCGGAGGUUGCGCGCGUACGCGUGCGUCUGCCGCCGCCGCACCACGAGUGCUUCGAGCGGAGAUUCCACGCGCAAGACACGCUGGCCGCGUUAUUAGAUUACCUCGCAUCGAAAGGUUACCCCCAAGAAAACUACAAGGUCAUAGCUAGCUGGCCUAGAAGAGACCUCACAAUGGAACCUCCAAGCAGCACGCUUAAAGCUCUCAAGCUGUACCCGCAAGAGACGGUGAUGCUGGAGGAGCGGUGAGCGUGCCACCACUAUGCUGUACCACACACCGCCGAGCGUAUUCGUUUCACACAGGCAAAACCACAACUACCCUCUUAUGUUUUUAAAAAUACCCUCUUAAAUAAAUAUUGUAGGGCGGCACAACCAAGAGACCACGACAUCACUUAGUAUUGAAAAGAACAACGGUAAUCGUUUCACAACAGAAUAAUUCACAACUACCCUCGAAUUCUAUCUUUUCAAUAAUACCCUCUGAAAUAAAUGAAAAUAAAUAUUAUAAACCUACACAAACAGAAACCAAAAUGUCACAUCACAUUACUUAACAUUAAUCAAGCGUAUAAUAGGAAUAAACCACAACUACCUUCGAAUCUAUCUUUCCAAAAAAUCCAGCCAAUUAUUAAUUUUGGCUAAAACACAAUUGAUAUAAACUGUUCUACCACCAAUAUGACACGUUAUAUUGUAAUUUAACGAUAAAUCUAAAUAGUACGAUGGCAAGUUCAACUACAGUAGAAUUUUUAAUUAAACAAAGCAUUUUGACAGGAGCUAAAUGUCAAAUUGUAAAAUAAUGAUGCGGUAUUUUAAAGUAAGUGUUGUGAUGUGGUUCUGUUCUGUCAUUGUGAAUGGAUCAAGUCUACUUGUGUAUACUUUUUACAACAAUUAUCACACUAUUAUAAAGGCGAACCUGUGUGUGUGUAUGUUUGUUACACUUUCACGCAAAAACAACUGGACGGAUUUGGCUCUGGAAUAGAGAUAGACUAUGACCUGGAUUAACACGUAUGCUACUUUUUAUCCCGGAAAGUCAAAUUUUCCACGGGAUUUUAAAAAAACCUAAAUCCACGCGAACGAAGUCGCGGGCAACUUCUAGUAUCAGCUAUCAUCUUCAUAAAAAAGUGACACCUAGACUCAGGAGAAACAACUGUACCUAUUUCAUCAUACAAAGGUUGGAAUCUACGUUCCCAGACUGGGAAUUGAACCCAUAAUCAAUCUUAUCUGCAGAUCCUCAUUGUACUGAGUCAAUGAUUCAUUUUGUCCCAACCCUUACUUUUCGGAAAAAACAGGCAACUGAUUAAAACCUCAAUUUUUUAUAAUAAUUAAAAAUUCGACUGUAAUUACGUCUCGAAAUAACUCGUAAAAUAAAUUUUAUAGAAAGUAAACACAAAGGUCCCUGAGGAAAUAAAACACUUUUUUUUUAUUAUUAAUUACAUACAAAACUCGAUACCAAUAUCAUAAUGAUUAUAUAUACCAAUGUGUCCUGUAAUUUUUAAUUGGUAAAUAAAUUCAAUAUAAUUAUGUAUAUGUUUUAAAGACAAUAUUUAUUCAUUUAAUUGAAAUCUAUCACUGUAUGACAAAAUUAGCGAUUUACUUAUACUUUACAAUUGGUUUUCAUUGAAGCAAUAUAAUAUCUACCUUAUGUUAUAGGAAAUAAAGCUAUAAUUUGUAUGUCGCCGUGAAACUAUAUAGCUCCUUCGGUUUAGGGUACUUAGGAUUCCAAUCGCUGCGUUAUUUAAUACAUACUAUUAUGUUGUUUCGAUAGAAUCUACACAAAAUCGCAAACGAGUAUUUCUUUCAUACUUUACCCGCUAAAAUUCUUAUAUUACCAGUAACGAUGUAAGCAGUUUUGGGCAGUUUACUCGAUAAAAUCUUGUAACCGACAAAACUAUGAUUUGAUAAUAGUUAUCAGCAUAAUUUACAGCAAAUUUUAGCCAGAAUAACAUAUACAGUUUAGAAGUAAUGCAAUUUUUUCCAGUGAAAAUUGCUAAUGAAAUUUUAAUUUUUCGUUUGCUUUUGUGUAGUUUCUAUUCGAGGCGACCGCUGGGUUAUAAUAUUCUUUGUAAACAAUUCCUGGUUGAAUUGUAUACCUCAAGAAAGUUUUUACGUGUUUAAUUGCGGCUAUAUUAAAAUAAUUCUUGAAUUAUAUUUGUAUAAAUGGUACUGUACGUGAAUUGGAGUAAAACGAUUUUAAUAAAUGAUGUACAAUAACAA